CUUGUUAACAAUUACGUAAGAAAUUAUGUCACUAGUAACUUGUCAAAAUUUUUGUUAACACGUCCAAACUCAUUUACCAAAAUUUCCCGUGAAUUUAAAUGCAAAAUGUUGUCCGUAAUUUCCAGAAGACUGAAACCUGCAGAUAAAACUCGCCUAGGUUUCUCAAGUGAUUCGUGUGGUGAUGAUAAAGAACCUAGUGCACCAGUCAUUUGCACAGAGAUACCGGGACCUAAUACCACAAAGCUUAUCAGAGAUCUUCAGCCUUUCCAGACUUUCAUUUUCGCAGACGACGUAACUGGAAUAUUGAUUGUAGAAUACAGAGGGAGUGAACGUGUUUGCGGACUAUGAAGCCUCGAUAGGUAACUUCUUGACUGAUGUGGAUGGAAAUGCAUUUCUAGAUUUAAACAUGCAAUCGGACACAAUGCCCCUAGGCUAUAACCAUCCUGAAGUCCUGCGGAUAUUUGAGGAUCCAAGGAAAAAAAAUAUCGUGAAUAGGCCAGUUUCUGGGGUAUACCCUGGAGAUUAUUGGGCAGAGAAGAUCAAGAAUAUUGUCAACAAAGUAUCUCCCAACUUGCCAAACGUUUGUACGAGUGACUGCGAUGCAAAAGCAAUCGAAAAUGGCUUCAAGGCUAUGAUGAUAGCCUUUCAACGUACCCAAAGAGGUCAAACAUCGAUAACUGAGGAAGAUCUGAAGUCAGCUAUUUUGAAUCAACCUCCUGGAACUCCUGAACUGACCAUCAUGUCUUUCAAGGUAAUCAAUACGAUGUCCCUUAAAACCUAUGCCGUACUGACGAAUCCCAAUGAGAAUCGAAUCGCGACGUAUACGGUUGAUCACAGAGAAGGCAGUACUGGGGAGGGGAAGCUUGGCUGGUUUCCACAUUUGGCCCUUCUUGCUACACACAAAAGAGAAUGAUCUUGACUCAAGAACAACUAUCUUCAAAUGAGGACCGUGACUUCGAACGCUGAACAUGGAACCACGCCUGGAGCAAUGUCAGCGUCCCACUCUAAUGCACUAUCCAAGGUGGACAUUCCAGCUUUUGACUGGCCAAUAGCUGAUUUUCCAAAGUACAAAUAUCCCUUGGAUCACUUUGAGUCGCUCAACAAAGGGCAGGAUGAAAGGUGUUUAGCCAUGGUUGAAGAUCUCGUGGAUCACUGCGAGAAAAGAAAUAUGCCUGUGGCAGGAAUCGCCGUAGAGCCUAUCCAGUCAGACUGCACUACGGAAGCAUCCGCAGACUUCUUCCAAGGCCUGCAACAAAUUACAAAUCGCAGAGGCAUCUACCUGAUGUUCGACGAAAGUCGUACGGGCUGUGGCGCUACUGGAAAAUUCUGGUGCCACGAAAAUUUCUGCCUCCCAAACCGUGUUGAUGCGGUCGUUUUUGGCGAGAAGUGCCAGCUGGCCGGGUUUUUCCAUUCCUUAGAACUCAGUCCUCAAGAACGUGAUCGGAUAUACGAACCAUGGAUGGGAGACCCAGUGAAACUAUACAUCUUGGAGGCAAUCAUUAGCCUCAUAGAAAGAUUUAAUUUGAUGAAACAGGUCCAGAAAACUGGAGAUUACCUCAAGAACGGACUAAUGGAUAUGGAAGUAUCAUACUACGAUCUUAUACACAGCACAAGAGGAAUGGGAACCAUUCUUGCCUUCGAUGCGCAAUGCCCUGCACUCAGAGACAAUAUUGUAUGUCAUUUGAGAAAGAAAGGUGUCAUACUCGGCCAAUGCGGCAGUCAAGGCAUAUCUCUAAGGCCAUCUCUAACUUUCACCAAACGACACGCAGAUAUAUUUUUGCAAAAACUGGAAGAAGUUAUCAAGGAAACCGAAUUGAAGAAACCUAAAAACGACAAGGUUGAAGAUAUAAUCGCUAAAUAUGGUCCUCCACCGAAACCUUUCAGUCGACCAAGGGUACAUCCUUGUGAACAAGCUGCAUCGCAGAAGGAAAUGAAGAUCGAAAAAAAGAAGAAGUUACCUUGUGAGGAUGAAACAGGUAAGUCUCAAAGCAAACAGAAAAAAGACGACGAGGAUCAGCCGGUUGAGAAUAAGACACCUGUCAAGAAAGAAAGUACGAAAAGUUUGAAAGAAGAUAAGAAAAGGGCUAAGAUUUGUAAGAGAUGUAGUCCUUCUAAAACCACUAAAUCAAAACCGAAACAACAGAUGAAGAAUGUCUGUAAGCCUACUACCAGGAUGAAGAAAAGUAAGAAGAAAUCAAAACGUGAAAGAGGAACAGCCAACCAGAAGAAAAAAUGACUUAUAUUUUAGUAAUAUAUCUGACGAGUGCAAUGUCCACUAUUGUAUGAGUUAUAGUAAUAAAUGAGUCAACGAGAAAUUGAAA